AUGAUGUCACGAAGCUGCCUUCGCUGCCACGAGCGGAAAGUUCGCUGCGACCGAGAGCACCCCUGCGGUCGGUGUAUUCAAGCUAAUGUGGAGUGCUUCUUCCCGGAGAACAAACGGGCCCCACAGAUCAAGCGAUUAAAAGCCUCAUCUGAUGUCAAUGACAAUGCAUCGACUCCUCGCACGCAGGCCUAUCAUGGGGAAACCCAACACGCUCAUAUAGCUGCGCAAUCUCCAGACGCUCAAGCCUUUAUCAGCGACUCUGUCAUUAGAGACCAAGGAGAUCCCCAUGUUCAAUCAGGCAACGGGGUCUACCAAUCGACCGUCGGUGCACUCGAAAUGGCUCAUAAACAAUCAUCCAAUAACGUUUCAGAGAACAGCUCAUCCCAUGAAAUCGUUGAUGGUCAAUUCCAUUUGCCCUCGGUAGGAAUUCUGGGGCUACCAUCACGGCCAAGAUCUGAGCCGACCCACGAUCUUCCCCUUGAGCCGCUACAGAUCCAAGCAUUAUGGAGUAUCUUUAAGAAGAAUGUCGCGCCCAUGAUGUCACUUUUGCACAAGCGUUCAAUCGAGGCCAUGAUCCACGAAGCGUGCGCACAGGCCGUAUCGAGUCUAAAUUCUCCCUUGAAGGCCCUGAUUCUAGCCAUAUCUUUUUCAGCCAUGGUCAGUGCAACGAAAGAGCAAUGUUUGUCAAUCCUCAACCAGGAUCGUGAUUUAUGCAUUUCCAGAACUCGUCUUGCUGUGGAGCAGGCUUUGGCAACAGCGAACUUGAUCAAUGCCAAAGAAAUUGAGGUUCUGCAAGCUGCAGUGAUUUUUCUUUUGUGUCUACGCUGGAUUGAUCCCAGGAUCGCAUGGGCAGAAACAGCCAUCGUGAUCCGUGUUGCACAAGGACAAGGCGUUCAUCGUGACGGCCAAUUUUCGGGGCUAACUCCGUUCAAUAUCCAAAUGCGGCGCCGUCUGUGGUGGCAUAUCUGCAUCCUUGACAUGCUCUGCUCCGAAGAUCAAGGAACUGACACUCAAAUCAGACCAGAGAUGUUCGAUACUAAAAUUCCCUCCAACAUUGAUAUUGACGACCUCUCACCAGAGAUGAUCAUGCCGCCACACUCUCAAUCGGGGUUUACUGAUAUCACACUAUGCAUCAUUCAGUGCGAGAUGAUGAUCAACUUGUAUUGGGCAGGCGUCAAUUUAAACCUUGAGGCUACUCCAUCUCCCGUCCUUGAGCAAGAAAAAAUAUUGAGCUCUCUAGCUACUCGCAUUGAAGAACAAUACCUACAAGGAUUUGAUUUGAACAUCCCGAUACAAUGGUUGACGGCUGUCAUUGCUCGUCUUUCCCUGUCCAAAGCGCGAGUUGUCAGCCUUCUCAAUAAUCAGAAGACAAAAAAAGCCCCAGUGGCCACCAAUGACGAGCUAUUUCAAAUGGCUGUCGAAAUAGUCAAAUUUGCCAACCUGAUACAGAAGAACGAGGCCACAGCACAGUGGGCAUGGCUUUGUAAAACCUACAAGCAGCGGCAUGCCAUGGCGUUUAUCCUUUCUGAGCUUUCUGUUCGUCCAAUUUCAUCAGAAACAAAUCAGGCAUGGGAUGUCGCUUCGGAGAUUUAUAACCAGUGGCAAGAAGAGGGUCUCGCUACUGGUGAUAAAACUCAGACUGACCUCUCGUCUUUAAUGGAGCGUGCCACCCUUUCAAGAAAAAGAAAGCUGGACUCUCUGGAAAUCCCGCGUGACAUAUCCACUUCGCUACCCAUCCCGCAGUCUAUUCUCCGUGACAGGCUUUCGGCUCCAGCACCUGCCACUGACCCAGAUAUUGAAAAUUCAUCUACUGGUUUCUCAACAAACCUAAAUUAUCCUUUGGACGGAGUACCAGAGUUCUCUUUUUCAGCAAUGGAUUGGCUAUCAGGGCCUCUCUAG